AUGAUCUCUCAUAUUAACAGUGAAGAUAAAUUUGAAACGGUGCUUAAGUCACGGUAUUGUGGCAAGAGUCCGUUGAUGAAUAUAUUGAGCGAAAGAAACAGGGUUCUGAUAUGGCGACAAAUGUGGAUUUGGCUUGCAGAAGGAGAGAUGCAACUCGGUUUAAAACAGGUUACUGAAGAGGCUAUUGAAGAGAUGAAGAAAUCAAAGGAAGUGAUUGACUGGGGUACAAUUAGACGAGAGGAGAAACGUAUCAAGCAUGAUGUCAUGGCCCAUACUUAUGCAUUUGGGAAGAUGUGUCCAAAAGCAAAAGGAAUAAUACAUUUGGGUGCAACAUCAUGCUUCGUUCAAGAUAAUGCCGAUUUAAUUGUUCAGCGGCAAGCUACCGAUUAUAUAUUGAAGAAACUUGCGGUGUGUCUCAGCAGAAUGGAUGAUUUCGCCGAGAAAACGAAGGAUAUCGUUACCGUUGGACGGACGCAUUACCAAACUGCAUCAUUAGUUACUGUUGGUAAACGUGCCGCAAUGUGGGCUCAGGAAUUGUUGAUGGUUUUUACGAAACUGGAACAUUUCCGAGAAAAUAUGCGAUUUCGAGGAGUAAAAGGUGCAACGGGUACGCAAGAUUCAUUCAUGGCACUAUUUCAUAACGAUGAAGCAAAGGUAGAUAAACUUGACGAAUUAAUAAUGAAAAGUGCUGGUUUUGCUUCUCGCUUCUACAUCAGUGGGCAGACAUAUUCUCGACAGCAGGAUUGUGACCUUGUCAAUAUUUUUGCACUUUUGGGUGCUGCAACGAAGAAAAUUUGCACAGAUAUACGAAUUUUGCAGGCUUUUGGUGAAGUAUUUGAGCCAUUUGAAAGUGAGCAGGUUGGCAGUUCAGCAAUGCCUUAUAAACGUAAUCCAAUAAAAAGUGAGCGUGUUAGUAGUCUGGCUCGAAAGCUGAUGAGUGCACCUCAGGAUGCCUUGAAUACACUUGGUGAUCAAAGUCUUGAAAGAACCCUUGAUGACUCCGCUAUUCGUCGGAUAUUAAUCCCAGAUAUGUUUCUACUUGCUGAUGCUAUUCUCACAAUAUUUCAACACAUUGUGGAGGGGUUGACCGUGGAUAAAGAAAGAAUUGAAUACAAUGUUCAUGCUGAUUUGCCAUUUUUGGCACUGGAAAAGGCAAUGAUGUUGCUGACAGAGGAAGGCGCUGAUCGACAGGAUGCGUAUGAGAAAAUUCGGGAAGUAACGCUGGCCGCGAAAGAGACACAGAAGCGGGAGCGGGUUGAUUUGGAAAGCAUACUGGCUAAUGUCUUUUUUGAUAAGGUUCGUGAUCGAAUACUACAAUUGGCAAAAUCACCUCUAUGCUUCACAGGACGUUCAUCUUCUCAAACCAUUCAUUUUUUGAAUGAGGAAUUACGUCCUGCUAUAGCAAAAUAUUUGGAUGAUGAUAUGAAAACGAAAGUGCAAUUGGACGUCUAA